UUUUGUCUUCCUUCGAAAGGAAACCGAUUACCCUUGCAAUUGCAAUAUCUGUUAGGCUGCGAAUUGAACUUUUCUCUCUCUUCCGCUAAUUGGCAAUUUCUCCGAGUCUCACACUUGACUCGAUCACUAUAAUUCCCUCGCCUCCACCCUUCUGUCCCACGCGCUUCGAUAUUGUUUUCUUUCUUGGGAGAGUGAACGUCUCUUUCUUUCUCCGUACUCGCUCUUCGGGCUCUCGUGUGUGUGGGUUUUUAUCGAUUGCUCAUGGAUCUUGAGAUGGGUGACGGCGUCCCUGAAAAUCCUGUAAAAUCAGGGACGGCGAAGAGACGCAAACAAGAAGAGGAUGCUUCUACAAGUGAUCACGGAAAUUCCGUGACUGUGGGAGAAUCAUCAGGAAGUGGUGAUGUCUCCAAGAGUUCCAUGUCUUCAAAUAAUGCUAAUAGUCCCAAUUCUGAUUUUUCAUAUCAAGAUGAAAAUGAUGAAAUGAAUGAUGAUGAUGAUGAUGUGGAUGGUGUGGAUGAGGAUGACUAUGACUUUUAUGACAACGAUGAUUUUAUAUAUGAAGAUGACUACACGAGUAUGCAGGAUCAGUUUGACCACGUGGAUUUACCUUCUGGGGUAGAGGCACCACUGCCAUGGUUGAAGGAUUUUGAUAUAAAUGUAUCCAAGCAGGACGUUACUUUGGGCCAUGCAGAGUCCAGUUCCAAGGGUAAAGGAAAAGAAACUGAAGAUGCCGUCAUCCAAGAGUCCCAGCAAUUUAAGCAAUUUGACGUUAUUGAGUCUUUUCAGGAUCACUUCUAUGAUAAACAGGGCUCUUCAGAGCAGCAGCGAUCAAAGAAUUGGGCAAAAAAAAUCCAGGAGGAGUGGAAAAUUUUGGAGGAAAACUUGCCAGAAACAAUUUUUGUGCGAGUUUGUGAAUCAAGGAUGGAGCUUCUAAGGGCUGUCAUUAUUGGACCUUCUGGCACUCCAUACCAUGAUGGGCUUUUCUUUUUUGAUUGCCUCUUCCCUUCAUCUUAUCCUGCAGGUCCACCAAAGGUGCACUACCACUCAGGUGGCCUAAGGAUAAAUCCAAAUUUAUAUCAAUGUGGAAAAGUCUGCCUUAGUCUUUUGGGCACUUGGCAUGGCAAGGGUACUGAAAACUGGGUUCCAGAGAAAUCAACUAUGCUUCAAGUUCUGGUUUCUAUACAAGCUCUGAUUUUAAAUGAGAAGCCCUUCUUUAAUGAGCCCGGCUACUCAUCAACCUUUGUUGGUUCAGUGGGGGAGAGAAAAUCCAAGGAGUACAAUGAGAAUACAUUCAUCUUGUCUUUGAAGACAAUGAUGUAUAUGCUGCGAAAACCGCCAAAGCACUUCGAGGAGUUGGUUGUUGGGCACUUUCGAAACCGAGCUGUUAACAUACUGACGGCAUGUAAGUCAUAUGUGGAGGGCAACGCAGUUGGCUCGGUUGUACAUAAUUUUGAUCCGAGUAUAAAAGGUUCGACAGACGAUAACAAAAGUGAAUUCCAGUCAGCAGUGAGUAGGAUGAUGAACACACUUAUUGCAUUUUUCACUAAAAAUGGCUCUACAGACUGUGAAGAGUUCCGAAUUCAUGAGAUUUAUGAUUCCACAGCUCAGGUUCCGACAAAUCUAGAUUCUCUAACCAAGAAAUGAUUCUUGUUAGUGUUAGUAACUCUAAUUAAAGGAAUUGACAUGUUAGCAUAGUUUCUGAAAAUAUCCUUCGGUUUUUGAAGGAUGGUUUCUGGAUAUUUUCUUUUUGUAAAGAUCUGACAGUUUACUAUCUUGCCAAACAAGAGUAAAUUUACAUCAAUGAUUCUAGUUGCAUUUAGAUUUGCCAA